AUGGUCCCCGCGGGUUCCGCGCUCAUGUGCCCCGACUCCCCGAACUUCGUGUCGCUGUUAUCCAUGUUCUCCUCGCCCCACCCGCUCAGCUGCGCGGGAUCGCUCGCGGAUGGGCAGGAGGGGGACGAGCAGCAGGAGGAUUCCAAGGCGGGGGUGCUGGUCAGGGGCGGGGGGGGCGGAUGGGGAGGGGGAAGGGGAGGCGGAAGGGGCGCGGGCGGGAGAGGGGGUGCGGGGCAGCUGGUGUGCGCUCCGCCGAGGAAUAUGCUGCAGGUGGCGGGGGGCGCGCGCGCGGAGAGGGUUCCGGGGCUGCGGGGGCGGAUAGAGAAUGCGUUGAGGAGCCUCUGCCAGUCGCGAGGCGAUCUGCUGGCGCAGGUGUGGUUCCCCACGUGGCACGAGGGGCAGCGCGUGCUGAGCACGCGCGAGCAGCCGUUUGUGCUCAUGGAGGGCAGUGAGAAGCUGCGCGUCUACCGCACCAUCUCCACCAACUACACAUUUCCCCUCUCUGGAAGUGGGUACCUGGGUCUACCAGGCCGUGUGUUUGUAUCGGGUCGCCCCGAGUGGACGCCCAACGUGCAGUACUACUCGCGGGACGAGUACCUCCGAGUGGCCCACGCCACACGCUGCAACCUGCGCGGGGCUCUGGCUGAGCUGGUGGCGGUGGUGGAGCUGGUGAUGAUGGGCGAGGACGUGCGCUUCGGGCCUCAGAUUGAUGCCGUGUGCAACGCACUGCAGGAGCUGGUGGCGGUGGUGGAGCUGGUGAUGAUGGGGGAGGACGUGCGCUUCGGGCCUCAGAUCGAUGCCGUGUGCAACGGACUGCAUGUGAGGCUGAGGUUGAGUGCGGUGCAGAGGCGUGCAAAUGGUGUGGGGGGAAAUUCUCUGGUCUUGAAAGCAGGGAGCGGUGGUGGAGCUGGUGAUGAUGGCGAGGACGUGCGGUUUGACCUGCAGAUCAAUGCCGUGUGCAACGCACUGCAGACGGUGGACUUGACCAGCAUUCGUGCAUGGGACCACCUUCCAGCAGAGAUGCCCUUUCCUGGCCGGGGUGCAGUGCUCACAGAGAUACACGAGGUGCUCUCCUCACUCUGCGACAAGCACUCGCUCCCCCUCGCCCAGACCUGGAUCCCCUCCUCCUGGGUGCGCCUCACCGAACCUCCUGCCGCACCUGCCGCCGAACCUGCGGCUCGGGGGUGCGCGGGGCCGGUAGGGGCGAGCAUGCGGAGCAGUGUGGGGGCGGGGUGGAGCAUGCGACGAGAGGGGGCGGGGCGGGGAAAGGGGGUAGUUGACGUGGGGAGCCUACAGGAAGACGUGUUUGAAGUGUUUCAUGUUGGCAGAGAGGGUAGAGGAGGAGAAGGAUUGGGAAGAGGGGGGGAAGGAGCGGGGAGAGGAGGGGUAGGAGACGGGGAGGAGGAGCAGGGAGGGGAGCAGCAGGGAGGGGAGGAGCAAGGAGGGGAGGAGGAGCAAGGGGAGGAGGAGGACGCAGUAACACUCUUCACAGCGGACAUGCCGAGCUGCGUGGCGGAUCUCCGCAUGUGGGGGUUCCGCCAGGCGUGCUGCGAGCACCAGCUGCAGGCCGCCCAGGGCUGCCCCGGCCGCGCCAUGACCUCCAACGCCCCCGCCUUUUGUGACGACCUGCAGCUUCUCACCAAGGAGCAGUACCCUCUCGUGCACUACGCGCGCAUGUUUGGGCUCCGGGCGGCUGUUGCCAUCCGGCUAAGAUCUGUUUUGUCUAAAGAUAUGGACUAUGUUUUGGAGUUUUUCCUGCCGCCGGGGUGCAGGGAGAAGGAGGAGCAGCAGCGGUUGCUGACGCAGCUGUCGCAGAGCAUGCAGGAGGCGUGCCGGAGCCUCAGGACGGUUACUGUGGAGGAGAUGAGGAGGAGUAGGUCCGGGAGUAGGUCCGGGAAGAGUGGGGGUAGUCGAGGCACAAGGUCAGGCUCGGGGACAGGAGGGGCGGAGGCGGGAGGAUCGGUGGCUGGUGGGUCCGUGAUGGGAGGUGGCGGGGUGGAGACGAGAGGGGGGCCGUGGGGGGGAGGGAAGGGAAAGGGAUUGGUGGGGGAAGGUGUGUCGGAGGGAGUGAGUGUGGUGAGGGGUGUGGGGGGGAAGGGGGCGAGGGAGGCGGCCGAAACUCCAGAGAAAAGAGGUAGGGAGGUGAAGAGGAGGCGAGUGGAGGGACAAGGGGAGGGGGAAGGUGUGAGGGUGUGUGAGGGCGCGGGUGUUGGUAUGAGGGAGACUGGAGUGGGGGAUAAUGGUGUGGGCGAGAGCAGUCCCUUUGAAGCCGCAGCAAUGGCAGAGCUCUGUGAAGGUUCGGCAGUCACGCCACUGGCUCACGGUGUGCCACCUGGCACUGGCACAGCUGACGUGGCGUUUCCACUGGGGAACAGUUCUGCUGCGGGGCUUGGGGUGAAUGGAUUAGGGUGUGGGGAGGAGGGGGACCAUGGGGGCGUGGGGAAUGGUGCGGGCAUGAGCAAUGGUGGGGAAGUGGGGAAUGGUGAUGGGAAUACGGGUAAUGGUGGUGGCGGUAUUGGGAAUGCUUGGGCGGAAGGUGUUUUUUCCGAGCAGCAGCAGCAGCAGCAGCAGGGGGAGAUGGGAGCAGCCCCAAUUACACUUACGGGUAUGGGAACGGGCAUGGGAACGGGCAUGGGAACGGGCAUGGGAACGGGCAUGGGAACGGGCAUGGGAACGGGCAUGGGAACGGGCAUGGGAACGGGCAUGGGAACAGGCAUGGGAACAGGCAUGGGAACAGGCAUGGGAACAGGCAUGGGUGGUGGCGGCAGCCUCAACAUCAACGCAGGUGGGAUGGGCACAAGCAUGGGCAUGCAGGCCAUGCCACCUCUACCUGAAGACGCUUUCUCAGGUGAAAGCUCAGGUCCUACACCCAUGGUCUCUGCAGCUGCCGGCCCUGCCGCCCCUGCCGACCCUGUGUUGGGCAGCAGCGAGGCGGCAGCUGCACCUGCUGGCCAAUCAGGUGCCCCUGCCACGUCAGACAGGAGUGGUGACAGCCUGGAUGAAGGGGGAGGGGCGCUGGAGGGGACUCCAGACGGGGCAAGCUCGGGGCAGCCUUCAGGAGGGGCGGAAGGGGGGGCGGAAGGGGGAAGGCAGGGGGGUACGCGUGUAGAGGAGGAUGUGACAGGGGGAGGGGGAGGGGGGGAGGAGAGGGCGGGAGGGGCGGAGGGGGGGCCGAAAGGGGGGGUGAAGAAGGGGGAGAAGCGGAGGGGGGGGACGAAUGAGAAGAGCAUCAGUCUGGGCGUGCUGCAGCAGUACUUCGCAGGCAGCCUCAAGGACGCCGCUAAGGCACUGGGAGUGUGCCCCACCACACUGAAAAGGAUAUGCCGGCAGCAUGGAAUUGCCAGGUGGCCAUCCCGCAAGAUCAACAAGGUCUCGAGGAGCAUUCAGAAGCUGCAGGACGUGAUCGAGUCUGUGCAGGUGCCAGCUGGCGCGCUGCGAUUGGACGCCAUCACGUCUGAGCUGGCGACGGCCGCGGCGGUGAAGGCGGUCACGGGGGCGCAGAUCGGAGGGUCUGCCAACUCGCCAGCAUUUUCAAACCCAGCUUUAGCGGCAGCAGCAGCAGCAGCAGCAGCGGCAGCAACAGGGGCCGGGCAAGGGCAACAAGCACAUGUUCCAGGAGGUUCCACUAUACUCCCAGCUCCCUCCUUUGGCUUUAACUCCACCUCCUUCCAGUCCCUCCCUUGGCCUGGCAAUCGCCAUCCCUCCAUGCUUGACCCUAUGGUCGGAGGCUCGGCACACGGACCUGGAGGUUCGGCUCACGGGCCACUGGCCACGGGAGGUUCAGCGCACGGACCACUUGCCAUGGCUGGAGGCUCGGCGCAUGGGCACUUUGCAGGAGGGUCGGCGCACGGCCCGUUUAUGGGCGUGGGAGGUUCGGGGCACGGAGGAAUGGCGUUUGCGGGAGGUUCGGGGCAUGGGGGGGUGGCGUUUGCGGGAGGUUCGGCACAUGGAGGGAAUGCAUUUGCGGGAGGUUCAGCCCAUGGCGGGAAUGCAUUCGCGGGAGGCUCGGCUCACGGAGGCAUGGCGUUUGCAGGAGGUUCGGCACAUGGGGGCAAUGCGUUUGGGGGAGCAGGCGGGUCGACACAUGGCGCGACGCUACUGGCUGCAGCAGCGGGAGCAGGAUCAAAUCACGGGCCGUUCCCAGGGGGUCCAGUGCAGGGGGGGUAUAUCCUCGUGGGUAGCUCAGCCCAUGGCCCACACAUGGCUCAUGUUGGGGGGUCUUUGCAUGGGGCAGGGGGGUCCAUGCAUGGCGGAGGGUCAAUGCAUGGGGGGAUCAUGGCUGGUGUGCAAGCUGCUGCUGGUAUGGGUAUGGGUGGUCCUGGCAUGGCAGCAGGCAUGCAAGCAGGGGGGUCGCAUCACGGUGGAUAUUUCUUUGCAGGGGGCUCGGGUCAUGGGGCACAUAUGAUGCUGGGUUCACCCCAUGGGGGGGCAUAUGCAGGCCCGGCAGCUGCUGCUGCUGCAGGCAUGGCCGGACCUGGCGGGAGCGGAGGUUCGGGAGGAGGCCUGGGGCCGAACCAAGCCGGCGGGUCGAUGCAUGGGGGAAUGGCGGGAAGCGCAGGGGGGGUGCACGCGGCGAAUAGGACGACGCCACCUGGCAAGCUGCCGAUUCCUCGGGAUCCGUCUACUUCCAAUCUGAGCCUUGCUUUGAGUCUUAAGAAUGGAGCCGGGACGCAGAGAGCAAGUGGGGCGGUUGCAGGGGGGGAUGACGAGGGCACGACACAUGGCACGAGCCUAUUGGCCAGUCUGCUUCGGAGGAGUGAUGAGGAAAUGGGGUUGGUUGGGGGGACGGUGACAGGGGGAAGGGGAGAGGGGGAUGCGGCGGAGGGGAGGGGCGGUGGGGGACAUGAGGGGGGAGGGGGUGGGGGAGGCGGUGGUGGGGAGGGGGAGAGGGAUGGGCAGUUGGGGAUGAGCCUGGGUGGGCAAGCAGGCGUGGCAGGGGGUGUGGGCGGUGCUGCUGCAGGGGAGCAGUGGUUACAACAACAGCAGCAGCAACAGCAGCAACAGCAGCAGCAGCAGCAGCAACAGCAGCAACAGCAGCAGCAGCUGGAAGCUGCUACUGCUGGUGCCGGUGGUGCGAGAGGGCAGCAGAGGGAAGAGACUCGGGUGCACGGGGGGCGGUCAGCCUUUGUGGCUCUCCGCAGCUACCAGCCAAUUGCAGGGGACCAAUCCAACGACCACCACCACAACCAGCAACAGCAGGGGCAGCAGGGGCAGCAGGGGCAUGGGCAAGCAGCAGGCGGCAGGGAGGGGCGGUCAAAUGGGUUUGAGGGGCGUGAGGGCGCGGCGGGCGGGGUGGGGGGGCGGCUGCGCGGUGGUGCGCCCUGUGCUGCUGAUAUGGCUGCCCUCGGCCAUGCAGGCACGGGGGGAGGCGGGCAGGGUGGAUUCGGGGGUAGAGGGGGUGCUGGUGGUGCUGCCACUGGUGGUGCUCAUGCCCCCACCACAUCGCUACAUCUAUGGGAGGCAGACCGCGGUGCUGCCUCUGCCUCUGCUGCAGCAGCAAGCACCGGAGGAGGAGGAGGAGGAGCAGGAGGAGCAGCAGCCGGAAUGGCAGCAGCAGCAGCAGCAGCAGGAGGAGCAGGAGGGACCCAGUCAGUGGUAACGAUCAAAGCUACAUUUGGAGGGGAUACAAUUCGGUUCAGAGUGGCGCUGAACUCUUCAACGUUCCAGCGGGUGCAGGAGGAGGUGGCGAGCAGGCUGAGAAUGCCAGUGGGUGCAUUCUCGCUCAAAUAUUUGGAUGAGGACGGCGAGUGGGUGGUGCUGGCGGGCCCUCAGGACAUGGACGAGUGUGUGCAUAUAGUUCGAGCUUCGGGGAGCAAUACCAUAAAGCUGAACAUUAAGGCUGAAGCUCAGGGGCGAGGGUGA